CUCAUACCUAUCGUAUAUUUUCAGUUAAACCCUCAUGUUCAAGUCUAUAGAAGAAGCACACUGCCUCUAUUCCUCAAACAUUCCAAUAAUAAUCGACAAACAUUUCAAAACCCAAAGAUGCCGCACAUUACGUUUGUUCUCUCUUCUGUUAUUGUCCUUCUCCUCUCCACUUCACCUCCAACCUCUGGUUCUGUCUACGACGACUUCGUUCAAUGCCUGAACACCCACCCUAACUCCUCAGACACCAAGAUAGUCAUCCCCCAAAACAACCCUUCUUUCACUUCAACUCUCAGAGCCUACAUACGCAACUCUCGCUUCAACACCUCCACGACUCCAAAACCAGUCCUCAUCCUCACGCCAACGACCGAGUCCCACGUCCAGGCCUCCGUCCUCUGCGCCAAGAAACUCGGCGUCCAGCUCAAAAUUCGAAGCGGCGGACACGACUACGAGGGAAUCUCAUAUGUCUCGACUGAACAGAGUUUCAUAGUCCUUGAUAUGUUCAACCUCCGGUCAAUCAACGUCAACACCGGAGACAGCUCCGUGUGGGCCCAAGCCGGAGCCACUCUCGGAGAACUGUACUACAGAAUUUCCCAGAAGAGUAAACUGCUAGCCUUUCCUGCCGGAAUUUGUCCCACGGUCGGUGUCGGUGGACACGUUAGCGGCGGCGGUUAUGGAAACUUACUAAGGAAGUACGGCCUUGCCGUCGAUAAUGUAUUGGAUGCAUUAAUUGUUAAUGUGAAUGGGAAGCUUCUGGAUCGAAAAUCAAUGGGGGAGGAUUUGUUCUGGGCCAUCAGAGGAAGCGGCGGAGGAAGCUUUGGAGUGAUCGUGUCGUACAAGUUGAGGUUGGUUCCGGUACCUGAAACGGUUACAGUGUUCAGGGUUAUGCGUUACUUGGAGCAGAACGCAACCGACGUCGUUUUGAUGUGGCAGAAGGUGGCUCCGUGUACUGAUGAUGGUUUAUGGAUGAGGGUGUUGGUGCAGCCGGUGAGUUCUCCAACCAAGAAGGGUGAGAAAACUGUUAGGAUCUCGAUUUUGGCACAGUUUUUAGGCAAUGCUAAUAAGCUAGUUUCCAUUUUGGGCAAACAGUUUCCUGAAUUGGGUUUGAAGAAAGAGGACUGUUUGGAAAUGAGUUGGAUCGAGUCCGUGGUUUGGUGGAACGAUGGUUCGACUCCCAACGUCACCAAACCAGAGUCUUUGCUCAAUCGAAACCUUAACCAUGCGAGUUUCUUGAAGAGGAAGUCAGAUUAUGUCCAGACACCGAUUUCGCGAGACGGGUUGGAGGCAUUGUGGAAGAAGUUGAUGGAAGUUGGGAAGACUGGCUUGGUAUUCAAUCCUUACGGAGGGAAAAUGGCUCAGAUUUCGGUCUCGGAUGCGCCUUUUCCUCACCGGGCUGGGAACUUGUUUAAGAUUCAGUACUCGGUGGGGUGGAAUAUUGCAGGAGAGGAAGCAGCUAAUGAGUAUCUGAACCAAACGAGGGUGCUGUACAGUUUCAUGACCCCAUUUGUGUCCAAGAACCCAAGGAGUGCUUUCUUGAACUAUAGGGACCUUGACAUUGGUGUUAACACAUUUGGGAAGGACAGAUAUGAACAGGGGAAGGUUUAUGGAUUGAAGUACUUCAAUGACAAUUUCUAUAGGUUGGUGAAGGUGAAGACUGCUGUAGAUCCAGAGAAUUUCUUCAGGAAUGAGCAAAGUAUCCCACCUCUUCCAAGAAAGGAAUAGAAAAUUGAGCCUGGAUUGAUUGGUUUACCUAUUCCUUAUCUUUUAUUCAACAAGAUGCAAAUCAAGCAGCUCAUUUGAUUGCAUUGUAUGAAAUUAAUGCGAUUUCUUCGGUUAAGGGUAGAGCAUAUCUAGUUGGCUCUAUACUUGAUCUUCAUAAAGAUAUGCCUGUAACUGCUAGUGAUGAACCACGUAACGCUGUUUUGUCUC